AUGGCGGCGGCGGCGAGUGCGGACGUCGGGAAGCAUUCCGGUGAGCCCGGCCACAGCGUCACGGCGAGCGUAGCGGUAGCGGGGAGGGACAGUGAGAGCUGCAUGACGAGCAUGGAGGCGGCCGGCACAGCGAGCGCAGUACGGCGGGCAUGGCGGCGGCAUGGGCGACAGCAGCACGGCGAGCAUAGCGGCGGCCAGAGUAAGGAUCAGCAGCAUGGCGAGCUUGGCGGCGGCCUUGGCAGCGACGGUCGCUGCGGUGUGUGGGCUCCUAGAUGUAUGGCACUGGUGUUCCCGGUGGAUCGGCGCGGAGUUGGUCAGGACGCGCGUGAAAGGGGCGCCCGAAUGCCGAUGCGCGACGGAGGUGAUGGUGUGUGCGGUGGAUCGACGGAGGCCGCCACCAAGCUCGCCAUGCUGCUGAUCCUUACUCUGGCCGCCGCCAUGCUCGUCAUGCUGCUCUCGCUACAUGCUCGUCAUGAUGCUCUCGCUGUCCCCGCUACCGCUACGCUCGCCGUGACGCUGCGGUCGGGCUCACCGAAAUGCUGGCCGACGGUCGCCCACGCCGCUGAGAUCGUCCAGGCGGGCUUUGAACUCCAUUUCUCACACUACCCGCCUCGGCUCUUCGUGAUCAUGAGAGGCCUCCCAGGCAGUGGCACGACAACGUUUGCUCAAGAGGUCGUUCGUUAUGCAGCAACGGUUGAUUUCCGCGCCUCGAUUUGCUCAGCUGGCCUCUUCUUCCAGCGCGGAGGAUCCUAUGUGUUCGACGCAAGUCGGCUUUGGGAGGCGCAUCGAAGCUGCUACGAACAAUGCAGAGAACUCCUGUGGCGCAGCACCGACCGUGGCGUGGAUAUCGUUAUCGUCGACAACUGCAACCUUCGGAUGGAUGAUUUUGAGCGCUAUCAGGAUCUGCACAUUCCCUCUGACAAGCUUGCGUACCUCAACAUCUGGACACACAACGCACCGGAGGAACCGCGCCCCGACAACGAGGUGGACACCGUCAAUGAGCUCCACAUCGAUGACGAGCUGACCACCGUCAAUAUGCCGCGCGCCUACAUCAUCACGCUGGAAGAGUUUAUGCGUGAUCGCUAA